AUGGAUUCCAAAAAUCACCCGGCCCUUGCCGUCUCUAAUAUCAAAACACAUAUCCCCAUCACGCUUGAACAGGAUUCCGCACAAUAUACAACUUGGUCCACUCUCUUCCAAGUUCAGUGCAGGAUUUUCGAAGUUGCUGAUCACCUCAGCCCACCGCCGGCCGCCGCCUCCUCUUCCUCUGCAGACUCGGCAAAGAAAGCCGAUGAUUCAGCCGAUAAGGCCCUCUGGCAGCGCAUCGAUGCAGUUGUUCUUCAGUGGAUUUACGCCACCAUCUCCCCCGCUCUUCUCCACGUUAUUCUCUCUCCCGGGCAAACGGCAUAUGAAGCAUGGACAGCCGUGCAAAAUCAGUUUAAUGAUAACAAGACCACUCGCACGGUGUUUCUCGGUCAAGAAUUUGCUCAUCUCAGCCUUGACGGUUUUUCCUCUAUGGCUGAGUACUGCCAACGGGCCAAACACCUCGCUGAUCAACUCAAGGCUGUCGGUUCCCCUGUUGAUGACAACAUGCUGUAUCUCAACAGUAUUACAGAAUCGCGACCCGCUCCCUGA